AUGAAGGUGCGAAGCAUGAGGGAUGCGUUCGACGCAGAACGUAAGGCCGACAACGGAGUGUUCAACGACGCCCAGCUGUUCGUUUCGCACCUCCAGCAGAGCGAGGCUUUCAUGAGGUUCAAGGCAGACGAGCAGGGCCGCAUCACGUCCAUCGCCUGGGCAUAUCAGCAGCAGAAGUACAACGCCGUACGAUACCACUCCGUCAUCGUCCAGGACAACACGUUCAACACGAACAUAUACAAGUUCCAUCUUGCAUUGAUAGUCGUGGUGGACAAGGAGAACCACAGCCAGAUUGCGAUGCAAGCUCUGCUGUCAGACGAGCGGUCGGAAUCCUUCGAGUUCGUCUUCGAGUCGUUCAAGCAGCUCUGCGAAGGAGGAACCCCGGAGGUGGUCUUCACUGACUGUGACGCAGCCGCGAUGUUGGCAAUCGCGAAGGUCUAUCCAUCGGCCCUGAACAAGUUGUGCAUCUGGCACACCAUGGGGAACAUCCGGGAGCAUGGGGGGGGUCUUGAGAAGGGUGUCCUGGGUCAGGUUCUUCAACUUUUCAAGGCAGCGGCGUACGCGCAAACGGAGGAGUAUUUCCUGCAAUGUAAAGGGGCGCUCCUCGACCUCUUGCCCCCGGAGAGCAAGAUGUACGAGUACAUGGAGAAGAACAUCUUCGGCACAGGGUUCCGUCAGUUGGUGACGUCGUCCGUCUCGUGCCCACUAAGUUUGAGCCGUCCCGUAACGUGUGACAGGCGGGCUGGCAAAUGGGCGUCGUACGUCCACCCUGGGCUGCACACUCUCGGCAUUGCCUCCACGCAGCGUGUUGAGUCGAUGAAUGCUGCGGUGAAGAAGCUGGUGACCAGGAAGGGCGACAUGGUCGACCUCGGCCGAGCGCUCCUAGGCAAGGUUCAGGAUGACAUCAACAGGACCCAAAGACGAAACCUGGGAGGAACGGUCGCCCGAGUGGCUGUGCAGGGACACUCGUAUGUGGAAAGCUUCAGGACCAAGCACCUGCGAACGUUCAACUUCGUCCUGAACGCAGUGAAGUACGAGCAGUGCAGCCAGCACGCCACGGAGGACACUGAAGCACAGAUCCUCGGGGCUCUCAGUUACGAGGCGAUACCUGUCGUGCGUGACGAAGAGGCGGCGCGGAGACUGUUCGAGGAGUUGGUGGCAGACCCGACGAAGGCGAACCUCACGUACGACACCGGCUCCGGAGAGUUGGUGGACCCUUCAAUACCGACGUCCGAAGCCGCUGGUGUCUCCAUGGUGUCCCGCACAUCCGUGCCUCACUUCGCGGAGUUACUUCGUGACCAGAACGUCCACACGGUGGUGCGCAUCACACCGAUGUCUACGGCGUCCGAGUGCGGUCACCUCGUCGCCCUUGGACCGGACGGCUUCUUCCUCUGCACGUGCCUGCGGCAGCUCGUCUACGGGCUACUUUGCCCGCACGCCAUCAAGGGAGACGCCGGGGACCCUGGUCGGGGGGGGCGCGGCCGGGGGGGAAAGGGGUCUACCGGAAGAGGACGGGCAGGGGAAAAGGGUGACCCUGGAAGCAGCAGCCAGGGAAGCGGUGGCGGUGGAAACGGCGGCCGGCGAAGCGGUGGCAGGGGCGGAGGGACAGGCCACGGGCGCGCAGGGGGGGGCGUAAACUCUGCUGGUUUCGCUACGGGUUCGCCGAGCGGUACCACGGGGGUUCGCCGAGCGUCCCACCCUCCGGCAGGAUCGGACACCACCAGCGCCGCGCCUAUCGGCUUCCAGGCGGCACCCGUCAACGGGGCGCACACGUCCGAGGGCUUGGCGUUGCCGUUUCGUGCCCUGGACAACGUGGACGUUUCUCGUCGCGGGGGGGGGCAGGCUUCGCCACCGUUCCAGACGACCGCCCAUCUUGUUCAGUUGGGGCGUCUGCAACCACCGCCCCGUAAGAAGCAAACGGGGCCCAGCAAACGACACAAAAGUAGUAGUGCGCCGUAGUGGAGGAGACCGUUUACCUGUAGGACACGUCAGGAAAAUGUAAAGCGUGUUGCCGAUGCCUUACUCGGCGUUGCAUUCGCUUUGUUACCGUUGGCGCGUGUUGGUUUGCGCGCGCGUGUGGAUGUGUGUUGCGUGUGUUGGGGGGUCUGCCAACAGCAUCUGUUGUGUCGGAUUGGUAUUAUUUCCUUCGGUAGCCGGCCCGCCGCAGCAAGGAGAAGGGGGAUUCGCUUGGAAAACCAUUGCCGGGUGGCAGGGGUGGAGGGGCAAGAGUCUCUCGACCCCGCGGAGUCUUCGUUCUUCCCCGUGUCCGAUAUGUUUUGAGUUUUUUUUUGCGCGUUGGAUGAGAGUACCGCUGGUCCCUUUAUCAUGACCACUCAUUGGAAUUAAGUUGCAGCCUUGAUUCGGCGUCGUGAUGGUGUAUCUUCUUUGCCCGUUGACAUUUUAUGCGGUUUCCCUAGAGCUCUCCGGUUUUGAAAGUACUCGCGUGUUCAUGUUGGCAGUUGUCAUGAUGCUCCAAGAAUCAUAUGAUACAAACCAACUUUUCUUCUC